GCUCUAUAGUUUGCGUCAUAGCACUUGCAGUUUGUUUAUUUAUACAGACAUGUAAUUUGUGGAAUUGCCGCCAAAUGUCAUUUCGCUGUCAUGGGAGAUUUUAGUCAAUACAGAAUAAAUACUUAAAAUGUAUAUUAAGUCAAUGAUAAUUGAAGGAUUUAAAUCCUAUGGUCAGAGAGUUGAAAUUAAUGGUUUUGAUAAAGAAUUUAAUGCUAUAACUGGUCUAAAUGGAACAGGAAAAUCUAAUAUUUUGGACGCAAUUUGUUUUGUGCUUGGAAUAACAAAUUUGUCAAAUGUGCGAGCGACCACGCUGCAGGAGCUGGUGUACAAGUCGGGGCAGGCGGGCGUCACCAAGGCCAGCGUCACCAUCACCUUCGACAACACCAACCCCAAGCAGUGCCCGCUGGGGUUCGAGCAGCACAAAGAGAUCACCAUCACUCGCCAGGUGGUGAUCGGGGGCAAGAACAAGUACCUGAUCAACGGCACCAACUGCCAGAACAAGCGGGUCCAGGACCUGUUCUGCUCGGUGCAGCUGAACGUCAACAACCCCCACUUCCUGAUCAUGCAGGGUCGCAUCACCAAGGUGCUCAACAUGAAGCCGGAGGAGAUUCUAGCGAUGAUUGAGGAAGCUGCGGGUACUCGCAUGUACGAAGCCAAGAAGCAGUCUGCCCAGGCCCUCAUUGUGAAGAAAGAUGCCAAGCUGAAAGAGAUUAAAACAGUGAUCCAGGAUGAAGUGAGUCCGUCGAUCAACAAGCUGAAGAGCGAACGCCAACAGUACUUGGAGUACCAGAAGAUGGAGAGAGAGAAGGAUUACUACCAGAAGAUAUACAUUGCUUGGCGGUACACAAUGGCGCAGGACACUUGUAAUGAGGCGAACGGCAAGCUGAGUGCUCUGCAUGCCGAGAUAGAGGCGGCUCGGCAGAAGAUCAAAAACUGGGAGCAGGAGACGAAGGCCCUUGAUGCGCUCGCUCUGGAGUUGCAGCAGAAGAAAGAAGCCGAAGGAGGGGGCAAGCUGCAGGAGCUGGAGGCCGCCUUGAAGGCCAAGGAGAAGGUGGAGGCGCAGCUGGUGGCGAGGCAGAAGGGCCUCAAGGACAGCAUCGCAGUCGAGGAGAAGAACAAGAAGCAGCUGCUCAAGGGUCUCAAAGAGGAUGAGAGUGUUCUGGCCGGCAAGAAGGCAGAGCUGGGGAAAGUGGGGGCGACGUUCGAGCGGAUGAAGGAGGAGGAGCAGGCGGACCAGGAAGCCCUUGCAGCUGCGGAGCGCAAGUUCCAGGCCGUCAGCUCCGGACUGCUGACCAACGACGAUGGCUUGGAGGCCACUCUGGAGGACCAGCUCAUGAGCGCUCGGCAGGCGCUGACUCAGGCGGACACGGGGGCCAAGCAGGCGGCCAUGCAGCUGCAGCACUGCGAGAGGGAGCUGAAGCAGAAGCGGCAGGAGAUGAACCAGACGUCCAGCCAGUACAAGCGCGACGAGGAGCAGCUGCGGCUGAAGGAGCGCCAGCUACAGGCCUUGGAGAAAGAACUCAGCACACUGGAUUAUGAAGAUGGCAAGUACGAACAUCUUCAAGAAGUGAGGCAUGGACUACUCCGUGAAAAGCAGCAGCUCAGAGAUGAAAUAGACACUUUUAACGGCAGGAACCCUGGGUUGAGUUUCCAGUAUCGUGACCCAGAGACCAAUUUCAACCGAGCCUCGGUGAAAGGCUUGGUGUGCCGAUUGUUAACUGUGAAAGAUGGGAAGGCUGCCCGUGCAUUGGAGACUGCGGCUGGCGGGAAGCUGUACAACGUGGUGGUGGACACAGAGCUGACCAGCAAGAAGCUCCUGGAGAGGGGGCAGUUGCGGCGACGCACCACCAUCAUCCCCCUGAACAAGAUACGAGGCUCCAGCAUGGACCAGAGGACUGUGCGCCUCGCCGAGAACCUGGUGGGCAAGGAGAACGUGCAGCCGGCGCUGUCUCUGAUCUCGUACGAGCGGGACCUUCACUCGGCCAUGGAGUGGGUGUACGGCCAAGUGUUCAUCUGCAAGGACAUGGAGUCGGCCCGCAAGGUCACCUUCCACAACCAGAUAAUGAAGAAGUCCGUCACCUACGAUGGGGACGUUGUCGAUCCCGGCGGCACCCUUUCGGGAGGUGCACCACCCAAAACUGCACCAAUAUUCACCCUGCUGGAGAGGAUAAAAACUGUGGAGCAGAGACAUGCUGAGAUUGAGCAGAAAGUAGCUGCAGUGGAGCUAGAAAUACGCAGUCUUUCCAAAGUUGCAGAGAGGUACAACUCCCUGAAGCAGAACCUGGAGCUGAGGCGUCACGAGGUUGAACUUGUGCGAGCCAAGCUGCAGCAGACGACACACCACAAGUACCAGGAGGAGGUGAACAGCCUGCAGGCCACUGUUGACGAGCUGCACCAGAAGAUCCAGCAGUGCAAGAAGACAAUGGAGGAGAGUGAGCGGCGGGUGAAGAACUUGGAAGGGAAGAUGAAGAACUCGAAGUCGCUGCGUGAGAAAGCGCUCAAGGAUGCAGAGAAGGAGAUGAAUCGGCUAAAGCAGAAGGCAGGCAACAGCAGCACGCAAUGGAAACAGCGUGAGCAAGACUAUGAGGGCUUAAAACUGGAGAUUGUGGAGUUGGAGAAGAGCAUCGAGAACGGCAAGCAGCAAAUAGCGGCCAGUGAAGAAAACUUUGCCAAGCUCUCAGCUGAGUUUGAGCAGCUGAAGGGGGAAGUGGACAAUGCCAAGGAGAGCGUGAAGGAGAUGCAGGCAGAAGUGAAGAAACAGAAGGACUUAAUCCACAAUCAGAACAAGGAGAUCCACCAGACCAUUCACAAGAAGGAAAAGCUGUUGAAAGAGAUGGCGGAUUUGGAGCUAGACAUCAAGAAAAAGGAGCACGAAGUGACCAAGGUUCAGAACGAGGCUAAGGAUUGCCAUAACAAGCUGGCGCAGCUGGCCCAGAAGUACGAGUGGAUCGAGGCGGACAAGAUGUACUUCGGGCAGCCGAACAGCGCCUACGACUUCUCGGAGCACAGCCCCCAGGAGGCGGGGCGGCGCGCGGAGAAGCUCCAGGAGCAGCUGGAGAAGGCGGGGCGCAGCCUCAACGUGAGCGCCAUGGCGAUGCUGACGCGCAAGGAGGAGGAGUACGAGAACCUGAAGAGCAAGCGCAAGAUCGUGGAGCAGGACCGCGCCAAGCUGUGCAGCCUCAUCGAGGACCUGGACCGUCAGAAGGCCACCGCGCUGCGCAGCGCCUGCGAGAAGGUCAACAAGGACUUUGGGUCCAUCUUCUGCAUGCUGCUGCCCGGCACGCAGGCCUGCCUGCGCCCGCCCGAGGGCCGCUCCAUGCUGGAGGGGCUCGAGAUCAAGGUGGCGUUCGGGGAGGUGUGGAAGGAGAACCUGGCGGAGCUGAGCGGCGGGCAGCGCUCGCUGGUGGCGCUCUCCCUCAUCCUGUCGCUGCUGCUGUUCAAGCCGGCGCCCAUCUACAUCCUGGACGAGGUGGACUCCGCCCUGGACCUGUCCCACACCCAGAACAUCGGCAAGAUGCUGCGCAAGCACUUCCGCCACUCCCAGUUUAUCAUUGUCUCCUUGAAGGACGGGAUGUUCAGCAAUGCCAAUGUUCUCUUUCGCACCAGCUUUGUGGAUGGCAUGUCGCGGGUGACGAGGACAGUGCAGCGUAACCCAGAAGACAAAUAACUUGAUCUUUUUUUAGUGUAGGUUUUGUAAGAUGUUUCAAAUAAAAGUUUUUUUUAUA